AUCCCAGAUUAUCUUGAUGAUGAUGAUGAUGGUGAUGGUAUUCCUGACCACCUAGAGGGAGACAGUGAUGGUGAUGGUAUCCCAGACUACAAGGAAGAUGCUGAUGGUGAUGGUAUCCCAGAUCAUCUCGAUAAUGAUGAUGAUGGUGAUGGUAUCCCUGACCAUCUUGAGGGAGACAGUGAUGGUGAUGGUAUCCCAGACUACAAGGAAGAUGCUGAUGGUGAUGGUAUCCCAGAUUAUCUUGACGAUGAUGAUGAUGGUGAUGGUAUCCCUGACCACCUUGAAGGGGACAGUGAUGGUGAUGGUAUCCCAGAUUACAAGGAAGAUGCUGAUGGUGAUGGUAUCCCAGAUCAUCUUGAUGAUGAUGACGAUGGUGAUGGUAUCCCAGAUCAUUUGGUAUUGGACAGUGAUGGCGAUGGUAUUCCAGAUUAUUUGAAGGACACUGAUGGUGAUGGUAUACCUGAUUAUAUUGAUGAAGAUGAUGACAAUGAUGGUAUUCCAGAUACUUUAGAUGAUGAUAAAGAUGGUGAUGGUAUCAUUGAUUUUGCAGACCCUGAUUCAGAUGGUGAUGGUUUUCCAGAUGCCCAAGAAAUUGAUAAUGUUGAUGUAAACUUAGAUACUGACGGUGAUGGCAUUCCAGAUUAUCUUGAUGAUGAUGAUGAUGGUGAUGGUAUCCCCGAUGCUGAUGAAGAGUCUGAUGGUGAUGGUGAUGGUAUACCUGACUAUUUAGAUGCCGAUAGUGAUGGGGAUGGUAUCCCUGAUAAUUUAGAAGGAGACUCUGAUGGUGAUGGUAUACCUGACUAUAAAGAAGAUGCUGAUGGCGAUGGUGUCCCUGACUAUUUAGAUGAUGAUGAUGAUGGUGAUGGCAUCCCGGAUAGUGAAGAAGAGGCUGACACAUGUGAAGGUGAUACUUGUGAGGAUAAAACUGAUGCUGAGCCAGGUCUAAUUUCACAACUAAUGUCAGUGGUAGAGGAACUAAAGGCAAAGAUGCCUCCAUUAAUUGUACUGGAGGAAGAUGAUACAAAGGCAAAAGAAGCUGAUAUUUUUGCAGAUGUCAAAGAAAUCGAACAGCAAGAUCAUGAACAAAAGAUUGAUUUACUCACAGUUCUUGAGCAAGCUUCAACUCACACAUAUAAACAGUUUAUGGACUAUUUCACUACAUCAGAUGAAAAAGAUCGGUAAAUGAGUUUAAAGCAGAAAUAUCAAGUUUUUAAAAUCAUGAGAUGCAUUUAGUAGCAUCUAUGGUAAAUGGAAUUACCAAAUUUUAUUUCGAUUCCUUGCAAGACAUUUGAACAUCUAGGAAACAUAUUUAAAAUCUCUAUAUUGCUGAUUUCAUUUCGUGAAAUAAGAAAGUGAAAACCUUUCAAGAAAUCAAAAUUCAUUUUAAAAAGAUCUUGUCAAAUAUAUUAACAUGUGGCAGGCAAUUAUAUUUGAACCUAAUGAUUCAUCUUCAUAUCAAAGAAGGUAUGAAUGAGGAAUCUUUAUAUAAAGAGAAUAGCUAUGGUAAUGUAACAUGCAUAUAUAUAAAUGUGUGUGUGUGUGUGUAUGUGUGUGUGUUUGUGUGUGUGUGUGUGUAUAUGCUCAUACACACAGUAUAUACACAUAUAAUUAUCAUCGUUAUAUAUAUAUGUAUAUACAUAUGUAUCUCUCUCUCUUUAUAUAAAUAUAUACACAUACAUACAUACAUACACACACAUAUUUAUCUUCAUUAUAUAUAUAUAUGUAUAUAUAUAUAUAUAUAUAAAUACACACACACACACAUAUAUGCAUAUAUAUAUAUAUACAUAUCUUCCAGUAAUGUUUCAUAUUCCACUUUCAUACAUUGCUUGUUAAAAUAUGAAUAGAGCCUUUUUUUUGACAUUGUUUGAAUUGUGUACCAUGCAUUUGUAUUGGCGACUAUUCUGUGUUGUUUAUAUGUCUUGAUGUAUAUUUCCACUUUGUAAAGUGAGUAAUUGAAUUUUUACAAGCCUGUUUGAAAAUGUCCGUGUACCUUCCUGUCUGUCUGGACCAUUUAUCUGUAUGAUAGUGUAUUGUUUUUUUAAUAGUAGGGUAUGUACAUGUAUAUUCAUGCAUGCACAAAUAUAUUUCAAUGUAUCUGCAUGUGUUAUAGAAUUUGUUAAAUCAUUCCUAUGUGCAUUUUUUAAAGGAGAGAGCUUGUUAACCUUUUUUACUACUUAGGUAUGAAAUUGUAUUUGAAGAGGAAAUUGAAAAGUGAAAACAAAAAGGAAAUGGGUGCUCUACAGGAAUUUUAUUACCCCUAUUAAGAUCUCAUUAAGGUGUUUAAAGAAGUACCAACACAUGUCAAGGUAUAAAAAGAUAAAUUCUGUGUGCCUUUCAAUACUUUAGCUUGAUUUUUCAAGGUGGAUAACUUUUCUGAGGAGCAAAAGCUUAAAAAGCAUUUAAUUUCAGAUAAAUUAGCACUUUAUCUAAAGAGUCACCAUUAAAUAACAUAUGGUAUAUUGUUGCAGUCUAAAAUACUUUCCAAUUUUCUAAGUAUAUAAUUAUGUUGUUAUAGUCAUAUCCAUAGAAUCAAUUCUGUUUUGAAUAAUGCAAGAUGUAAUAAUGGCUUCAUACAUAUCUAAUUUCUCCAGGAGUUUCUGCAGACUGACAUAAUUUCACAAUAGAAAUUGUAUUUCUGUGUCCUAGUAACUGUGAUCUGGUGAUGUAAAUUAUUUAUUUUCUUAUUGUUAAUUGACGAAAGAGUGUUACUCAAAAUUCAAACAUAUGAAAAAAAUCAAUUUGUGUCCAUUCUUACAUUGACAAGCAACAUAUGAAGCUGGAACAUUACCUAAAAAGUUAUGUUGCAAAACUAACAGUUGUAGCAUUACAAUGGAAUAUAUGUAACACACACAGAUACUAUAUAUGUGUGUGUGUGUGUGUAUGUGUGUGUGUGUGUAUGUGUGUGUGUGUGUGUGUGUGUGUGUGCACACGUGUGUCUGUCUGUGUGUGUGUACAUAAAUAUUUAAUUAAUUUGGUUGAUUGAAACCAACACCAAUGACUAUUUGUAGUUUCCUUAUGUGAAAAUUUCACAGUUUGUUAGGUCAUCAUGAGGGAAUCAUGGCAUUGGUUUUAGUCUACCAAAUUAAAUAAACAUUCUACUUUACCCUACCCUACUGAGUACUGCUUCUUUACUUCUUUACAACUAUU